CUUUUGAAACGAAUUUAAUUGCAUUUCAAUUUAAGCAAAAUACCUGUUAAUUUUUUGUUAAACGGGCUGAAACACCUACACCUGGGCCGCUUCUUUUUGGCUCGCCCACACGGCCUUCCAUGGCCCGAUCAGUUCUGACCGUCCACCUCCGAUCUGACGGUUUGGAUCGCGCUGUAAUGGGAUGAAAGGGCUGCUGGUCGACUCAUCUUGAAACCCUAGCUUCUUCUCCUCCCCCCCUCUGUUCACAUCUCCUAUGGCGGCUCAUCUCAUCUGGGGGCGCUCCCUUCCCCUGCCUGCAAUCCCAAAGCCAUCUCUCUUUCUCAGCAGCAGCAGCAGUAAUAGCAGCAGGUCGAGGAGCAGAGAGGCUCGAUGGGGAUCUGCGUGUCGUCGAGGCUGGUGGAGCAGGAGCAGGAGUGCGACGAGAGCGUGGUGUACGUGAUGGACGAGCAGUGCGGCGGUGGGGGAGGCGAGGACGGGACGGGGACGGCCGUGGCGCGGCGCCGGCGAUGAUGGCGACGGCAGCCUGCCGGAAGCUGAGCUCUGGUAGAUCUGUACCGGAGCCGUUGCCGCUGGUGCCGGGCCGGGCUCACCUGUCGCAGGGCGUGCCGCCGCUCGGCUUGGCCACUGCAGCAAAGCUCCUAAAGAGCGUUGGUGCCAGAUCUACAGGGGCGGCUUGUUUGAUGGUUCAGACAGUGAAAAGGGAUCUCCUUUUGUUAAGGUGGAAUCUGCAUGGGGACUUGUUACUUGUUAAGGUGGAAGGGUACAAUAGCCUCUUCUGUAGUUUGUGUAUAUAUGAUGUUCUAAACUAACUGUAGGAGCUGGACUUGUUUUGUAGCCUACUUUAAGUUCUUUUGGUUCAAAGUGAAGUUAUGCAACACUACUUUAAUGAUAUCUAUAUGAAUGAUGGAUUUGUGCUGAAUUGAUAUGUGGGGUUAUUUGUGCUGGAAUAAGAUCAGAUGUUUUAUGUGUGUA